GUAUUGUAUGUAAAAGACCUCUCUCUCACUCCCAAGAAGCUCCCACAGCUUGAUCCAGAGGGAAGAGAAUGGAGAGAGAAACGCCGGUGAGGAAGCCUCACACUUCCACCGCCGAUCUGCUCACUUGGUCGGAGGCUCCUCCUUCCGACCACGCCGCCGCCGCCGCCGCUACUCUCUCCGCCUCUCGCUCUCACCAGCUCAGAGCUGAUGGAAUCAGUAAGGUACUCUCCGGCGCUCAGAUCACCGACGAGGAAGCCCAGGCACUCAACAAAACGAAGAACUGUUCCGGGUACAAGUUGAAAGAGAUGAAUGGUAGUGGCAUAUUCUCUGGGAAAGGAAACGAUGUGGUCGAAUCUGAAGCUGCUAGUCCGAGCAACAAGACGGGUCUCCGCUACUAUCAGCAAACCUUGAACGGAAUGAGCCAGAUAUCUUUCAGUGCCGAUGGGUCUGUUUCUCCCAAGAAACCAACCACUCUACCCGAGGUUGCGAAGCAACGAGAGCUGAGCGGGAGCUUACAGGCUGAACCCGACUCUAAGAACAAGAAGCAGACAUCGGAUGCCAAGAUCAAAGAGAUAAGUGGUCACGACAUAUUUGGACCUCCCCCCGAAAUCCAACCACCUCGCUCCUUGUCUGCUGCUUUACACUCACAGGGAACCAAAGAAAGCAGAGACAUGGGGGAGCCCGCACCAAGGACCUUACGAACAUCUGUUAAAGUUUCCAAUCCUGCAGGAGGACAAAGCAACAUCCUGUUUGGGGAGGAACAAGGGGUGAAGACAUCGAAGAAGAUACACAACCAGAAGUUCCAGGAACUGAGCGGGAACGGCAUAUUCAAAGGGGAGGAUCCACCGAGUUCGGGAGAGAAGCAUUUGAGCUCGGCUAAACUCAGGGAAAUGAGCGGAAACGACAUAUUUGCAGACGGGAAGUCGGAAUCGAGGGACUAUUUCGGAGGAGUUAGGAAGCCGCCGGGCGGUGAGAGCAGCAUUGCUUUGGUCUGAUACUCUCUCUCUUUCUCAGUAGUGAGUGACCUUAGAGUUUAACGAUGUGGGUUUUCUUGGAGUCUUUUUAACUAAAAUAUGUCUGUGUUGUUGUUGCUAUUGUUGUCUGUUUCAGACUGUAGAAGGACUUUGUCUUCGUUAUGUGUGUUUUCAGUUUCAGUUUUUCUA